CCGUUCAUUCUUUCCUUUUUAACAUAUUUAUAUGCCAAACCCUAGGUUUUCUCGAAUCCACAGAGACAAUCUUUAAGGCUUUUCACUCUUUCAGCAGCAGAUCUCUUGGACCCUCGCUUCCCGUCCAGUUUGUCAACAUGUAUACUUCAAGGAAGAAGAUCCAAAAAGAUAAGGAUGCUGAGCCCACUGAGUUUGAAGAGUCAGUUGCUCAGGCUUUCUUUGAUUUGGAAAAUUCUAACCAGGAGCUGAAAAGUGACCUGAAGGAUCUUUACAUAAACUCUGCUGUUCAAGUUGAUGUUUCUGGGAAUCGGAAGGCUGUUGUCAUUCAUGUGCCCUACAGGUUGAGAAAAGGCUUCCGCAAGAUUCAUGUUAGGCUUGUGAGAGAGCUUGAGAAGAAGUUCAGUGGGAAGGAUGUAGUCCUGAUUGCCACCCGGAGGAUAGUGAGACCACCAAAGAAAGGUUCUGCUGCUCAACGGCCCCGCAGCCGCACACUCACUGCUGUUCAUGAGGCAAUGCUGGAGGAUAUUGUAUUGCCUGCUGAGAUUGUUGGGAAGCGUGUCAGAUAUAGAAUUGAUGGAUCCAAGAUAAUGAAGGUUUUCUUAGACCCUAAGGAACGAAACAACACUGAGUACAAGCUGGAGACCUUUGCUGCGGUCUACAGGAAACUUUCUGGCAAAGAUGUUGCGUUUGAGUACCCAGUGGCGGAGGCCUAGAGAAAUUCCUCCUGGGACUUCUAGACAUUAUUCAAAACUCUUUUGUGGGAACUUUCCAAAUUUUUGUGUUGAUGAGUUGGUUUAGAAGCAGGAAACCUCAACGAGUUUUCCACAUUAUUAUAUGAUUUUAUGUUCUUUCGUUUGAUUUGGACCAAUUUAGGAUUUUGUUCAUUUUUAGUUAAAUCAUUCUCGAAUUCGCAAGUUUACUGUGCUUAUCUACUGAUUCAUUCAUGAAGCC